AUGGAAGGAGAUGAAUUAUCCAGCUGGUGCCACCACUGGAGCUACAGAUAUGUUUUUCUCUUUUUCCUUUCUUCCAUUCGUCUGAUGUCAAACUAUUGUCUUGAAAUGCCUAGUGGACUAGAGGACACUAUUAUUAAAGUGAUGGGAGUCACUACUGCAGAAUAUGAUUUACUCUUCUCUGUCUCUGCCUGGCCUAGCAUAGUCCUUUGUUUGAUUGGUGGAAUAAUUAUUGAUAAGUUAGUGGGACUGAGACUAGGACUGCUCGUUUUUGUCACUUCUGUACUAGUGGGUCAAACUAUAUGGGGAGUAGGAGGACUUAUUGACAACUACUUUAUUAUGCUGGUUGGUAGGUUCUUCAUUGGAGCUGGUAAUGAAUUAACAGUUGUUAUAUGUCAUGCAUACAAAGCUCUUUGGUUCAAGGAAGACUUGCCACUUGCCUUUUCCAUUGAUAUAGCAUUUGGUAGAAUUGGAGGAGCAAUAGCUCUAAUCUUCCCUCAAAUAAUAUAUGAUAGUCUUACCACAACAUUUGUUUCACGGACUGUCAAACUGAGUGCUACUCUAUUCAUCACAGCUGCUGCAUACGUCUUAGUUGGAGUGUCAUUCAGCAUAAUUGUUGUGAUUAUGGACUACAAGAGAAAAGUAAAGUCCAAGAAAAUACAAGAAAAGCGUUCCCGAUCUAUAACAUUGAAGGGCCUGAAGCAGUUUUCAAUUUCUUACUGGCUGAUUCUUAUGUACAAUUUCACCUCUGUUCCCAUUUUGUAUGCAUUUGUCAGUGUUGCUCAGGAUUUUUACAUCGAGAAGUAUGGACUUUCUAUAGGAGCUGCCAAUAUAGCCAAUAGUUUACAGUUUGGUGCUACAGUCCUAUUCACACCUAUAGUGGGCAUUGUUGUCAGUAAAACAGGUUAUUUCAUUUAUUGGCUAUUGAUUGCUAUUGUGCCUUCUGUCACAGCAUAUUUAAUCUUCAUGUUUAGCUACGGGCAGAGUUUUAUUCCAUACAUAACAGGGAUUUUGAAUUCUUUGGUAUACACUAUGACAGGACCACCAUAUCCUGCAUUAUUGGCCAUGAUCAUUGAUAAGGAAUACAUUACUACUGCGUAUGGAAUCUCCAGGGGACUUAGCUUCAAUGCUUCAUUAGCUAUUCUGAUGUUUGUUACCGGGCUGAUCGUUGAUGACUAUGGCUACUUCAUAUUACAAGCAUUUUAUCUUGUAUUGACAAGUUUUGGGUCCAUUGCACUGGUUCUGGUGCUUUUAAUUGACAUGACAGUUUCAGAGAAGCUGAAAUUAAAUUUUCCUGGACCUUGGCUAACUUGUAAAAAUGACAAAACAAAUAAUAAGUUGUUACCUAAGCAAGCUGCACAACAAAAAGACUCAAAAGUACAUUAA